AUGAAGAAUAAAAAUAGCACAUUGGAAGUGCAAACUGCUUCCCAGCAAGACGUCAUCCCGAAGCUUGAGAAUGAUUUGUCAAAUUUUCAUAUAGCUACUACUUCAUCUAUGAAAGGUCGAGGAGAUGUAAAGAAGCAAACAAAAUUGGGUAUUGAAGUAACUAAAGAUGAGAAUUAUUGCGAGUGGUAUGUUCAGGUUAUAACGAAAGCAGAAAUGAUAGAAUAUUACGACAUUUCUGGUUGUUAUGUAUUGCGGCCAUGGUCGUAUGCUAUUUGGGAAUUUAUUCAGGAAUGGUUCGACGAAAAAAUUAAGAAACUAGGUGUUAAGAACUGCUAUUUUCCAUUGUUCGUUUCACAAAGCGCUUUGGAAAAGGAGAAGACUCAUAUCAGUGACUUUGCUCCCGAGGUUGCUUGGAUAACGCGAGCAGGCCAGUCGGAUCUGGCGGAAGCUAUUGCAAUUCGUCCUACUAGCGAAACAGUGAUGUAUCCGAGCUAUGCAAAGUGGGUACAAUCUCACCGAGAUCUUCCAAUUAAGCUCAAUCAGUGGUGCAAUGUUGUCCGAUGGGAAUUUAAACAUCCAACACCAUUCUUGAGAACUCGUGAAUUCUUGUGGCAGGAAGGUCACACUGCAUUUCAAACUAAAGCUGAGGCAGAAGAUGAAGUAUUCAAAAUACUUGACUUAUAUGCUCAAGUAUACACCGAUUUACUGGCUAUACCAGUUAUUAAAGGACGGAAAACUGAAAAAGAAAAGUUCGCUGGCGGAGAAUUUACAACUACCGUUGAAGCGUAUGUACCUAUUAAUGGGCGUGGGAUACAGGGUGCUACAUCGCAUCAUUUAGGACAGAAUUUCUCAAAAAUGUUUAACAUAUCGUUUGAAGACCCAAACGGCGGCGGAAAGGUUUAUGCAUGGCAGAACAGUUGGGGUUUAUCAACGAGAACAAUUGGUGCUGUUGUGAUGAUACACGGUGAUAAUUAUGGCCUUGUGCUUCCACCCAGAAUAGCUGCUAUACAGAUGGUUAUUGUUCCUGUAGGAAUAACUGCCCGAACAAAAGAUGAACAAAAAACGGCUUUGAUUGAAAAAGCAAAGGAAGUCAAUAAUAUAUUGUUGGAUGUGGGUAUACGGACUGAGCUUGAUGUGAGAGACAAUAUAUCGCCUGGAUGGAAGUUCAAUCACUGGGAAUUGAAAGGCGUUCCUGUAAGAAUCGAAAUUGGUCCCAAAGAUUUAGCCAACAGCCAGAUAACUUGUGUCAUUAGGUAUUCUGGUGAAAAGAGAAUCAUUCCUAUUGAUGUUCUUGCUACAAAAUGCAAAGAUAUGCUGGACGAAAUUCACAAUUCCAUGUAUAAUAGAAUACUGGAAGUUCGCGAAUCGCAUACAAAGAUUGUAUUGGAAUGGAGUGAUUUCCGAAGUUUCCUAGAUCAAAAGUUUAUUCUACUGUCACCUUUCUGCGGACGCACUGAAUGCGAAGAUGAAAUCAAGAAAGAAAGUGUGAGGGAAGAGGAAAAUGAUCUGAGUGCUCCUUCAAUGGGGGCAAAGACCCUCUGCAUCCCAUUUGAACAGCCUGAUAUUUCGCUUCCGACUAAUUGUAUCAAUAAGAAUUGUUCAGUAAAAGCGCAGUUCUUCGCACUGUUUGGCCGAAGUUAUUGA